AAUCCGACGGAGGUGCAGCGGAUUGGUACCUUGGAUCGUCCCGUCGCGACCUGGACGAGGAGUGCGGGCGCCUCCCGUGCGAGUCGCGCUCGCGCCCCUCGCGCCGAGACGACUCGCGCGGCUCCCUCGUCGUCAUCGUCUUCUCCCCCAUCCGCUACCAGCCAGCCUUUGCUCGGAAAUGGGUUAGGGUUUGUAGCUUGCACCUGGAAUCCGGACCCAGAGAAUGGUGUGGGUUGGGUUGGGCCCGAGGACUAUCUCACUCGACGCCGUGAGCCGGUCUGGUUGGAGACAGCUUUAAGAUUCGUGCUGUAGACUGGCCGGACGCGGCAGGGGACGACCACCACCUCACGGCGCGUGUGUUCGAGCGCGGAGAAAUCAAACGGCACGAGGCAUAACCGCAUCGUGUACCAAAACCCAGAACCCUUGCUUCAAAAAAAAAAAAAAACCCAGAACCCUAGCUUCCGCUGUCGCGCACGGCCAACGCCAUGGAGACGGCUGCCGCGACCGCGAGGCCCGGCGCCGGGAGGAAGCGGCGGCGGAGCCGAUCGCCGCCUCGCGACGGAGAGGGGCCGAGCGGGCUCAAGUGUCCCAGGCUUCGCUUAGAAGGCGACGACGGCGCCAAGGGCGCGUGGGAACACCUCGACCUCGUCCUCUCCCUCCAGGGCAAGGAGCUCUCGCUCGAAAGAAAGAUUGAGCUAGUGGUUGAAUUUUUAACCACACUGCCAAAUAAUUCAAGCCAUGGCCAUAAUGUCCACAACAUUCAGCUAUCACGUCUGGUGUCAUUUAUUGGAAACUGGGUGCAGUCUAUCUUAAAUUUCUCUGAGAAUAGUAAAAGGAUGUUACAGCCUUUUGAUCUGGCAUUGGAUAGUAGAUGCUGGGUAAUUUUGAGAGUUUGUAUUGAAAAGAAGCCAUCCAUUUCAAUAUCUCUGAACCUACUUAAAUCACUUAGUCGUGUUGCAAGGCAUGGUUCUGGCAGAGUUGAUAGCAACACGUCUGCUGACAAUGAAUCUAUUGAGCUCUUCAAACGAGUUUUUGACUGUAUGUCAUUGCUUUUCUCCUCCAAUACAAGAGCCUUUUUCAAUGCAGGUGUGGAUUUAUGGGCAUCCUGUGUCAUCGAGGUUAUCAAUCUUGCCCAAAAGGUUUCAGCUAAUGAAGAGAAUUUCUGCCCUGUUCUUCAGAAGCUUGUAAAUUGCCUCCUUGGGCAAUUCUCAAGCUUCCUGAGAUUUUAUGCAAAUCCGAAGAAUAUUUUCCAUGCCUUUGUUGAUAAGAUUCUUGAACCAUUGUUGGAGCUGUUAGUUUUACUUAAUUCACGAGCAAAUUCCAACAAGCACAAGCACGCAAGAACCAUGUUGAAAAUUGUUGAAGAUGUUUUGUCAAAUGGACUGUUUCAUCCCCAACAUCUUAGUGGGUAUUUUGGUCUCAGGAGUUUGAACAAAUCUUCUGCAGCCAAGGAUAUUAAAGGAAGCUAUCAUAGACAUUUAUUUCAGCGAUUCAAAGGAAUAAAAACAGAAAACAAGGCUGUAUUGCUGGCUGGGUUUGGUUACUUGCUUCAAUUGUUUGUUAGCAGAGCUAGAAAUCAAAGAACAACUCUGGUAUCGAGUGGGACAACUUUGAGUAGGCUGCAAAAAGGCAGUGAGGGUUCUGAAGAACCACAACAACAUAGAGAAUCACUUUUUGAAGUGUUUAUUCAGUUUAUGGAACCCAUGGUGUUAGAGUGUAAAUUGUAUUCCCAAAAAGAAUUUUCUAAGUUAGGGGUGACAAGGCUAGUAGAAGUUCACUGCAUGCUGAAGUCCAUUAAUGUGAUGUUGACAACACUUACUGAAGAGAAGAUAUAUGUUCCUACAGAGGACACAUCGGAAGGAUCUUACUUCAACUUCUUGCAAGAUAUUUACACUGUCUUGAUCUCAAUAUCUGAAAAGAUUUACGAAUUCUGGGUGUCAGCUCUGCAUCUAGAAGAUGUAGGCAUUAAGAAGAUAGUACCUUUAAUGUUUUCGGAGAUUAUUGCUGCAGUUGGUAAUUUUCUAGAAAUUGAGUACAAAGUACUUGGGGAUGACCUUACGAAGUUGUGGUUAAUGAUUUUUGCUUUAUCUGCUAUUAAUGCAUCUUCUAAGGACAUCAAACCCUGUUUCCUGCUAGCUUCAAAGAUUUCAAGCAUUUCAGCCCAAGUGAUUUGCACGUUCAGUGAGCUUCGCCAGGUUUCCCGAUCGAUUUUCAAGCUGUGCGAUGCUGUGAGAGCAUUCAGAGCUGGUGGCCCUGAUGCACUACGGGGCUCAUUUUCAGUGGCUUCUUUAUCGUCCCAGGAAUGUUUGGAAUCAUUGACAACAUUGUUGAGUUCUGAACCAUUGAUGGGUGCUAUUCGUACUUCAAUAAAGUCGAUGCCGCAAGGGCAGUCUAGUCGAUGCAUAGAGGACCUUACAUCAGAUCUCACAGAAACACUGAACUGGAUGACAGGUUGCAGUUUUGAAGAUGAUUUAAGAAAACUGGGAGAACCCUCCAUUGCCAGGAAGUCUGUUUUUUGCCAGAAAGCUGAACUUCUUGGCAGGCACUUAUCUGAAGUAUACACUACUGUUCUUGACUCAAUAACUGUCACAGCUUCAAAUAGUACACUGGUAGGAAAAUCUAUUGAAAGGUUAGUCAAUGCAGUCCAACCGAACUUCAGUCAUUUGGUCAGAAAUGAAUCAAAAAAUUCAAGUGGAUUCAUUUCCUCAAUCAUGGAAAAAUGUAUAUCUAAAAAACAACAUGCCAGCUUGCAGAAGAUCCCAAGUUUUUCCUGGAUCUGUGCUUUUUUCUUUCGCCUAUAUAUAUCGUGUAGAGGUUUGUAUCAGCAAUGUAUUUGCCUCAUGCCUCCAGAUGUAGCCACAGAAGCAACAAAAUUAGUGGGGAAUCCGUUCAUUGUGUGCUCAGGAAAGGAAUGGACCAAUCCAGCCAAUAUUCUCGGGAAGGGUUAUUUUGCGUUGAUUGUCGAAAAUUCAAACUCCCUUUUGGAUGUUAUUGAGAGUUUAUCACAGUCUCUUUCAAGAAAUUGUGCUUCUUUUGCUCCACUUGCUUACACCUUUCAUGUGAUGGCUCUGCAGAGGCUCAAUGACCUUAACAAGCAGACUAAGGCUUUUCAGUUUUUGCUUGAAAAUGAUGCUUGGCAACUAGAUAAGGAGGAUAUUAGGAACACUCAACUAUUAGAGGAAUCUUGCAGCCUCGAGGCUGCUAAAUUGGCGAGUUUUAUGAUGAGUUAUGUGAAGCUGUUAUGUUCAGGAGAAUAUGGUCCUCUUGGGUGUUAUAAAGUUAGUGGUUCCUGGGAUUUGAGUCUAUGUUCCUUAGAUGAAGGUUCUUUUCCUAUAGCAACUUGGCGGCUUCUGUGUGAAAACAUUGAUAUUUGGAGCUCUCAUGCUUCUAAGAAGGAUUUAAAGAACUUCUUCUCUAAUCUGAUAAGGUUUUCUUUUGUUCAAAAGGGAUCCACCAGAGAUAAGGAGAACAAUGAUACUCAAUCUUCAUUCAGAGAAAUGACUUUGCAUAGUAUUUCUGUGGGGGUCCUUUGUGAUACAAUUAUUUAUGAUCAAAAGGUGCUUUUGAAGAAUUUGGCAUCAAGUUUUUGCCAUGCUUUGAAGAAAUCGUUAUCUUUUUUCAACUACCCUGAUGAAGAUAAUGUCCUUUUGGACUCUUCCCCUAAUUUAAUGGAGACAAUGAGUAACCUGGAAAAUGGGAAGUUGAUUGGUACAGAUUCUGGUGCUAUGCAUGUCCACUGCAAAAACAAACAGUGGAUAUGCGAGGAUUUACUUGAAUUUUUUAGUGCUGUACCUGGAUUUCAUGCAAACUCCAAGUCAACCGCACGGCUUAUAAACUACAUUCUCCAUCUUGAAAGAAUGCUGCUACUGAAAUUGCUAGGUCUUCGUUGUGAAUCCUGCAAUCCCAUGAAGUUACUGCAUUUGUUUAUAUGUUGUCGUAGGGUUAUGAUAAAUCUCAUAUUGAAAAUCGGGAAAGAGCACCUGGAGUCAAAGCAAUACUUGGCCUUUUCAGAAAUUUUUGGUAACUCGUAUUCUCUUGUUUGGUUUUUGCGAUCUGCUGAGAAAAUUGUUGGUUCGUCAGAUAGAAUAUUUGAUGAGUGUAAUGAUGAGGUGCAUAGUAUGAUGUUCUCCUUGUUAGACAAGACAUCAGAAUUAUUUUCUACACUAGCUAGUGUGAAUUUAUCAUUUUGCUUGUUGUAUUACAAGAAACAAAUUAAAUUGUCCCUGAUUGGUAGCCCUAUUGAAAUCGAGGCUUCAGAACAUGAUGGCCAGACAUUUGAUAUACAAGAAAAUUCCGCCUUGGAGUGUGUCAAAAGCAUGGCUGAACUGUUACAGAAGAGUACAACCGGAAUACCUGUUAUUACAGUAAAGGACAGCAAGUGUGUUAUCAAACUAGAAAACUGCCGUACUGCUGUAUGCUGGAAAAGAUUGUCUUGCAUCAUGUCUUGCAUUUGUGGAUUCUUGUCGGGGAUCAAUUCGGCAUUAGAGGGUGCAUUCAAAAAUCACCCAGUAGCAACCUCAGAGGAAAAGAAAAUGUUGCUUCAGUAUUGUUCAAGAUUUAGCCAUCAUAUUGCUAAGCUUGAGACCUUUGUAGAUAUUUGCCUUCAUGUGUUGUUUAUGGAUAACAAGGGUUCUGGCUCUAUUGAUUUGAUCUCUGUUCGUCUUCCUCAAGAGCUGGAUUGUGAGAACGGUUUUCUGAAUAUUGAUGCAGUCAUGGAUGGCAGGACAAAGUGUGGAAGUCGUGGUCUUGACAUAUCUAAGCUACAAUACAUGGAAAAUAUUCUUUUGGAAAACCUAUUGAAAGGUGAAUAUCCACUCACAGCAUUCACUUUGAGGGAGGUCUACAAUGUAUCUGCUGCUAUUGUUAAGCUGCACGGCAACCUAUCCUUUCCAAGCGAUGUUUCUAGGCAGACAUGCAGCCCUGUCCAACAGCUUUCACUGGGUACCAUGCUUGGGACAGCUUUCUUCACUCUACAGAAAGUUGCAGACAUGUCUAGCUGGCCUCAUAAGUUCUGUCUUGUAUGGAUUGAUGGGGUAUUAAGAUAUCUUGAAGUUUUAGGGAGUGCCUGUACAUUGCCUGAGCUCAACAUCUCAAUAGAAUUGUAUACUCAGAUAGUAAAUGCCCUAUUGAGGGCUAUUGGAAAAUGCAUCUUACUUCAAGGGAAGAGUGCAACUCUGCCUACUCAUGAGGUUGGCUCAAGCACAAAAACACUUCAAUUACAGAAUGCAUCUGGUUAUGCCUUUCCUAGGGAUCUCAUUUAUAGGCAGAAUAGGUUAAAUUCAUUGAAAUCAAGGCUUCGGAUGUUACUUGGAAAAUUUGUCAAUAUUGCAUCAAACACACAUCUAAAUGCAACUCUACAAGUAAUUGAAAGGGCAUUGGUUGGAGUGAAUCUGUAUAGUCAUUCAAUAUAUGAAGUUUGUACUGGAAAUCCUGAUGGUGGGACAGUUUCUUCUGAUGUUGCCGCUGGGAUCGACUGUCUAUAUCUGGUUCUUGAUUUUGUGCCAGGAAAUAAGCGUGUUUUUAAGAGAACUGUCCCAGGCCUAGUUGGUGCUUUAUUCAACAUUGUACUACACCUUCAGAGUCCACUUAUUUUCUACAUUCAAAAGAUGCCACCUCAUUGUAGUGAGUUCCAUCCAGAUGCUGGAGCCGUUGUUCUAAUGUGUGUGGAGGUUAUCACGUCAUUUGUUGGAAGGCAUUCUUUUCAAAUUGAUGCAUCUCAUGUUUCCCAAUGCCUGCAUGUUCCUAUGACACUUUUCAAAGGGUUCAAAGGACUUCUUGCUUGUCGUAGUAUAUCACGAUCUUCAGCAAAGUAUUGCACCGAAAGUGUAGAGCAACAUGCAGAUCAUGAUGAAUAUAUACUCGAUAGACAAUUUUCAGUAGAUAUCUAUGCUGCAUGCUGCAAGUUAUUGUGCACUACUCUUCGGCACCAACAACGUGAGAUUGGCCGGUGUGUGCCACUCCUGCAGGAUUCAGCAAGCAUACUGCUCAGUUGUUUGGAGUCUACAGAUUCUAAGAUGGUUAACAUGGCUGGGUGUUUUGCUUGGAACAUGGAGGAGGCACUAAAAUGUGCUUCAUUUUUUAGAAGGAUCUAUGAAGAGAUGCGUCAGCAAAGGGAAAUUAUAGGAAAGCACGCCAUGCAUUUCCUUGCUGGUUAUAUUUCCAUGUUUUCUGGGCAGGGUCCUUUUCAGACAGGGAUAACACGCGAAAUUGACGAGGCCUUGAGACCUGGUGUGUAUUCCCUGAUUGAUAUAUGCGAGGAAAGUGAUUUUCAACAGCUCCACACAUACCUGGGUGAGGGCCCAUGCCGAACCACACUAGCUGAUCUGGUGCAUGACUAUAAAUUACACUUCCAGUAUCAGGGCAAGAUCUAAGACAGCCUGUCAUUUAUUUUUGAAAUGAUUGAUGGUUACUACGGCUGCAUAGAAAAACCUUGAGCCCCAGCUUCUGAAGGAUCUUGAGUUUUGGACUUUUGGGUGGACUAAUUUGGCUUAUUUGCUGUGCACUGACUUCUGAUCAAGGAUACAUGGUGGCGACGAAAGGUUUCAGAUCAAUAUAUACCGUAUAGAUUAAAUUUCGAAUUCAAGCCAUACAAAUAGAAGAUUGGUUUCUGAUUUCACUGUUCUUGUUUCACAGAUUUAAGGCUUGUCAAAUCAACCGUAACAUAUAAGAAGCAGAUCAUCCAUAAGAUCUAUAGCUGCCCAGUGCUGUUCCAGAAAUUGACCUGGUAAUAUAUUAAGAAAGAGUAAUCUUGUGUCCUGCUGAAGUUCUGGUUUUUGUCUUGAUCAACCAAAUAUACAAAUGCUUCUGGUGCAAUCCAGCAUUAUAUUUAGCAUUCAUAAACAAGGUCCCCUUAUUCUGUUUUGCACUUUUGUUUUUGUUGUUUUUCUUUGACACACACACAGUUACCGAGCAUCCAGAUCACUCUUGUGCGCAUGUUUGGUGAUGUGCACUUAGCUCUUGACACCACAGUUCCAUCUGAAGCUGCCGACUAGGUCAACUUGUGAGUCGCGGAUAAUCGAUGCUCCUAGAGGAGUCGUGGUCGGUGUCAAUUCACGGCCAUGAGAGAAUAUCUGAAGUGAUAGGAAGAGGGGAUAAGGGAACCAUGGAAGGUGUGAUGUACUACACAUGGUGGGGGCGUGCGGAGGAAUUAGGUGGAUGCGGCAACAAGAUAGCCGAGAGAGGGACCAAAAGCUGGCGCACACACGUACGCCGUAGCCACUAUCAUUGGAUAAAAAGCGUUGCUAGGCCACCGGGAUGAAUCAGAUUCCCACGAUAUGUUAUCCAACUAUGUUCAGGCUCUGUCCAUGACUGGACACUUCAACCUGAUCCACAUGUGUUUAGUAUGCGCCCCCACUGUGCUCUGCAUCUGGUUAUGUUAAUUUUUCCAAUGUUUAUUUGCUUGCAUACAACAGAAGCUUCGCAAUUUUAUCAUCCGUAUCGUUGCGUUAUGAAGUCUUAUAGUCUGCCUUGGAAUGGAA